GGGAAAAAUCGGAGGAGAGGAGGCUAUCGGUAUAAAACUCGCGUCAUCGUCGCCGGCUAAUCAGUUGUUCGAAGAAAAAGUGUAACGAAGUAUGUUUUUGCUGGAUGUAACGUUAGUCAAAGUGAAAGUACAAUUAUAAUAAAAAGGAUUAUUUGUAUUUGUGAAGUAACUGAACGAGAUCAUCGUAAAAUUUAUUAUUAUCAAAUAUAAUAGGAAAUAACCGUAGGGUAUAUUCGGAACGUCGAAGAAAUAGUACGUGUACCGUGUUCUGUUUCAAGAAGGUCGUUGUAAAAUUAAUUGAGUCUCUCUCUUUCUCUCUCCCUGCGCGUGUGUGCGUGUACGUGCGUGUAUAUGUGUUGUGUGAAACAUUUUUCGAACAAUGGAAGUUUUACCGUGUCCUGUAAACGUGGAUUUCAGCAAUACAAGAGCUGAGACAGUGGCCGAUGAAUUCGAUGGAGCUUGCCAGGCUUUAGCGAAGCGACUCGAAGUCGAAUUGAGAAGAGCCAAACACGCUCAACUAACGUGCGGAGAAGUUUUGCUACCUGCCGACCUUUUACCUAGGAUAGCUAAGGAUGUUCUCAGUAUGGCCGAUAACGAACCAUGCGGUCUUAGAGGUUGUACACUAUUUAUCAGUUUCGAGACGGACAGCGUGUGUCGUAAAUUGUCGAAAAUACAGUGUGAUCCUAACGCGGUGUCCACCUUCGAACUUUAUCUGACGUUAAAACAAGAUCAUACAGCUUGGCAUAUUUUAUUACCUCAAUUCUUAAAAAACCUUAGGCGAGGAGGUACCAUCAUGAUUAGUAGAGACUUCACUUUGGAAAAGAAGAAGUUGUAUAGAUCAUAUCAACAAACGCAAUGAAGAGAAAACAAUUUCAAGAGUCGUUCGACCAUUUUGUUAGACGCGAAUAUUUUAAUCUCGUUCAACUUGGUAAAUCCGAAGAUGGUUUUUCUCCGUACGCGUAAACCAGGCCAACUUUUCACGAGCGUAUAGUUUAUAUCUAUUUAGUCUGCGAUUAUUCAACGUGAAAGAGACAAAUAUGUAUACGUAGACGGUAAGAAGAAGAGGAAGAAAAAGAAGAAUAAGAAUAAGGUAGAAGGGAGAGAACGCGAGAAUAGAAAAUGAACGAUAUUGCGUUCUGUCGAUUUGUAAUCGUUUGAAAAAGUUAGCGUGAAUUGGCUGUGUUUUUAGCUAAAAAUGCAAUUCAUUCGGUGAAAUGAAAAUGUGAUAAUAAUAAAAUAAAAAGAAAUCGAAACACAUUUCUUUACGCGAUUCUUAGAUUUUAUACGCUUACUUAUACAGUAUAAUAGAAGUAAGAUCGGUAUAACGCUAUAACUUUACGUUGGAAAACAAUAUCGAUUCGAAUUAUUCGCGAUUAUCUUAAACGAAUACAUAUCCAGUUGGUAGACGAGAAGUUUGUCAAAGUAUUUCCUUAGACAAUCGCCGUACAUUCUCGAAGGUGGUUUUAAUAAAUUGCUAUCGGCAAUUGACGAGCGCGGUGUGUACGAUCGUGACAGUCGUGUAGAUUUCUAAGAUCGCGCGAAGAAAUGUUUGCUCGUAAAGAAAGAAAAUUGUAUCUUCGUUCAACGAAGAAGAGAGGAUGACUCGUUUACAAGACUCGUGUAAUAUAUUUUUCGUGAUAAUCUAACGAUAUGCUAAAAUUAAAGUCAAGUUUUGUUUAUCAGCAUUAGAAGUAUAGAUACGCUACAGUUUUUUAUUUUAGACAUACAAAUAGAUAAUUCGAUCACUCUUAUCUAGUACUGUUUUAUAUAUACAUAUAUUACUGAUAUCGAUUAUCCAUUGAUAGAUAGGUAUUUUUAAAGUACUACGUUUCAAUGUUUCGAUACAUUGUAUUGUUAAGAAGAAAUCUCACGAUAGUUUAGACAUCGAUUGCCGAUGAUGUGAUAUUAAUAGAAAAAAUUGUGAUUAACGUAAUGCACGGAUCAUCGUGCAAUACUACUAAAAGUUCGGCCAUGCGCGUCAAGAUUUUCUUACACCGACACCAUUGGAAAAUAUCGUUUAACUUAAAUUAACUGACAUUUUGUUGCUGCAUUAUUUAAAUGAAUUAUUGAAAAUGAAUUACCGAAUAUUUUCGAUAUUCUAGGAAACAUAAUUAUGUUUUCUCCAUAGAAGAAAAAGUUGCUUGAAAUGACGGUAUUCAAGAACAACUCGUGAUAUAUAUGUAAUAAAAUCGAAAAUAAUACGUAGCCGAUGUGAUGCGUGCGCGUGUAUUUGUUUGUCUUUCUUUGUACGGCUAUGUGUGCGUGAGUGCGUGAGUGCGUGGUUGCAUGUGUGCAUAUGCGUACGCGUGCACGUGCGGGCAUAUAAAUAUAGAUACAAAUAUAAAUGGAAUUUAUAAGACUGAUCAGUACUAAAAUUUUCCAAAUUGAAUUUUCAAAGCAGAACAAUUAUUCGUCGAUGAAGACUCGAAACGACAAAUAAGAAAACUUGCAAAACUUGCGUUGCGUUUUGCGAAUUAAAAGUUGUGGAAUAGAAUGUUCUUCCUGGUCUCUUUGAAAAUAAUAGGAAAAUGGAGGGAAAGAAAGAAAGAAAGAAAGAAAACGAUUAAAGGAAAAGGAAAUGUGCGGUGGUCGUGUUAUAACAUAGAAAUAAGAUAUAAGACAAAUAUUGUUACACGUAUUUUGUACUUUUUUAACCCAUUCGCAUCAAAUGACGGAUGUACUGGCCAUUUUCAUGAACGAGCUGACGAUAUAUCACAGUUUUACUCGUUAUUCUAACAAUAACGAGCAACGUAUCGAUAAUUUCCAUAAACGUACGCGGUUGCGUGUUUUUCAUUCCGACUCGAAUGAAAUAAAUAUCAACGAUAAACGUCGAAAAGUUGUAAUUUAUUGUAACAAAUGACGAUAGUAGUUACCGUGAAAAAGUUUUUAAUAUAAAUUACGUAUACGAGAAAGAAACGAACGUAACGUUUUAUCGUAAUUUCAGACACGUUAUAACAUUCGAUUCGAUAGAGAUUCCAGGGCAAAUGGACAAGCGUUAAGUUUCUUGACAUUUCACAGUUUGGGCCUAUUCGUGCGAGACUGAUGCAGUUGCGAAUGGGUUAAACGAUUAGAAAUAACGAAAAGACAUUAGAAACAUAACAUAUAGGGUAUUUAAUUACUUUUUCUUUUAUACACGAUAUCAUUGUUUAACAUAUUGUGCUUCUUCAGAUCGCUUCUAAACUUUCACGACGAAUGUUCUUCUGUAUUUUUCAUUAAAUAGUCGCUUAUCGUAUUUUCAUUCGCGUACAUAUUUGAUUAGUUUGUUCGUUCGUUCGAGUUCGUGAUAACGAAAGAAUUAUCGUGAUAGUUUCGAACAUCGAUAAGUACCUUCUAUCCAUUAUCAAAAAUUUCCAAUAGAUUGUUUUCGUUUUUCUUCAGUGGAUUACGAUUUUCACAAUUCAUUUGUGAUUUUAUUGACAAAACAAAAAA